UCCUGCAGUUUAACUACUAUGUCCGUUCUUCUGUUUCUGAUGAACACUACAGCGGAACACGUACACGUUCCACUGAACGUGUCAGAAAAGCUGAGAGAAGGGCAGUAAUAGCCGAGCUAACGGUAGUUAGCUAGCCAGAAGCGCCUGUGUGUCAGAAUGCAGGUGACAGGGUUGACAAGGCGUUCACACCAACCGUCGCUUUAAUCGCUGACACUGUCAGUGUUUGUGUUCCAACGGCUGAAAUUCACUUCACAUAAUCGCCGUUUUCCGUUACAGCGUCUCUGAGUCGACCGGGCAUCAGAGUCGGAGGGAGUCUCUCUCUGUCUGUCUGUCUGCGCUUUUCGGUGAAAAAGCACGUCCUGCGUCUCCACUAAAAAGAUUCAGUCGCUGGAGUCUGUCUACACCAUCAGCUGCUAGCAGAAGAAUGCCUGCCGGUGUAUGUGGAUGCUGUGGGCGUUGUCGGCCCCGUUAUAAACGCUUGGUGGAUAACAUCUUCCCUGAGGACCCGAAGGAUGGAUUGGUGAAGUCUGACAUGGAGAAGUUGACAUUUUUUGCUGUAUCUGCUCCAGAGAAGCUGGACCGGAUUGGAGAAUACCUUGCCGAGCGCCUGAGCAGAGAUGUGGUCCGACACCGCUAUGGGUAUGUGGUGAUUGCGAUGGAAGCGUUGGAUCAGUUGCUGAUGGCCUGUCACUCUCAGAGUAUUAAACCAUUUGUGGAAAGUUUCCUUCACAUGGUUGCCAAGCUUCUGGAGUCCAAGGAACCAGAUCUGCAAGUGCUGGGCACCAACUCUUUUGUGAAGUUUGCAAACAUUGAGGAGGAUACGCCAUCAUAUCAUCGCCGUUACGACUUUUUUGUCUCGCAGUUCAGUGCAAUGUGCCACUCUACACAUGAAGAUCCAGAGACACGCACCAGGAUCCGUAUAGCUGGUAUUAAAGGCUUGCAGGGAGUGGUGAGAAAAACUGUGAAUGAUGAACUGCAGGCCAUCAUUUGGGAACCUCAACAUAUGGACAAGCUCAUUCCCUCCAUGCUGUUCAACAUGCAGGAUAAUGAUGACACAGACAGGGCUGGAGGAGAGGAGAACCCUGCAGCUCUAGCUGAAAGCUGCUUUCGGGAGUUGCUUGGUCGUGCUGCCUAUGGCAAUAUGAACAAUGCUGUUCGUCCAGUGCUAGUGCAUCUGGAUAAUCAUCGUUUGUGGGAUCCAAAUGAAUUUGCAGUGUCCUGCUUCAGGAUCAUAAUGUACUCAAUACAGGCCCAGCACUCACAUCAUGUAAUCCAGCAGGUGCUCAAUCACCUGGACACACAUAGUAAGAACACUCCUCGUGUGCGGGCAGGUAUCGUUCAGGUUUUGCUGGAGACGGUGGCCAUAGCAGCCAAGGGCUCCAUUGGCCCCACUGUGUUGGAGGUUUUCAACACUUUGUUGAAGCACCUGCGGAUGAGUGUAGAUUUUGAGCUGGGUGAGGGCUCCCGGAGGAAUUCUGGUACGAGUCUUUCAUCCGGCCGUGGAAAAGAGAACGAGGAGCGCAUUGUCCAAAACGCCAUCAUCCAGACCAUCGGGUUUUUUGGAGGUAAUCUACCAGAUUAUCAGCGAGCUGAGGUGAUGAUGUUCAUCAUGGGGAAGGUUCCGGUAUAUGGAACACCCUGCCACACUCUGGACACUGUCAAAAUUGGGCACCAGGGUACCAAGAGGAUUCAGACGAUGCUCCUCAGUUCUCUCAUUAUGGUGACGUCUGGUUUUAAAUGCAAGACGAUGAGUGCAGGUUUGCCAGCAGCGUUUCUGGAGCCCCUCUGCUCCAUCUCUCUGAUGGAGGACAGUGAGCUACGGCAGCUUGUUCUUGAGAUCCUUCACAACAUCAUUGAUCGCCAUGACAACCGAGCCAAACUCCGUGGCAUCCGAAUUAUUCCUAAUGUGGCUGCUCUGAAGAUAAAGAGAGAGAAGAUCUCCAAACAAGACGUCGUUUUCAUGAAAAAGCAUGGGCAACAGUUGUACAGGCAUAUUUAUCUGGGCUCUAAAGAGGAGGAUAACGUGCAGAAGAACUUUGAGCUUCUCUUCACUGCUCUGGCUCUACUUACUAUAGAGCUGGCCAACGAGGAGGUCGUCAUAGACCUCAUACGCCUCUCCCUCGCACUGCAGGAUAUGGCUCUAGCCAAUGAGGAGAACAUGCCGAUGUUUAUUUGUUGUGGCAUCAUGGCACUAGUAGCGGCCUACCUCAACUUUCUCAGCCAAAUGAUCGCCAACCCCGCCUUUUGCCAGCACGUGAGCAAGGUCAUUGAGUUGAGGAAUAUGGACGCUCCCUACUUGCUGCCUGAACACGUGUUCAGAGAGAAGUGUGUGCUGCCUGAAUCUCUGGACCGUGAGGAUAGUGGCAUGUAUUUUCAGACAACAGACAUUGCCGAUGCUCUCUCUGGACCUGGAUACAACGCAGAGAGACUUGGCGUAGCAUAUGUUCCACAAGUUACAGAUGAAGACCGGCUGACUCGGAGGAAAAGUUUUGUUGACACCAUCUCACUUCAGGUGGACAUCUUGUCCAACAGCUUACCUGACCAGUCAACACUGGCAGAGGAGAUUACAUUUGAGACUCUGAAGAAGGCUAUUGACACCACAGGUCUGGAAGAGCAGGAGAGAGAGAAGAGGCGGCAGGUGAUGGAGAAGUUUCAGAAAGCUCCAUUUGAGGAGAUUGCUGCACACUGCGAGUCAAAGGCCAACAUGCUGCAUGAUCGCUUGGCUCAGAUUUUUGAGCUAACCAUACGCCCACCCCCGAGCCCAUCAGGAACAGUUACCGUGACAUCAGGCCACACCCAGUACCAGUCUGUGCCCGUCUACGAGAUGAAGUUUCCCGAUCUCUGCGUCUACUGACCUUUAAUCCUCACCAGAUUAUAACCAUUCAACACUUUGACCUUCACUAGAUCACAACCACUCAACACUUUGACCUUCACUAAAUCACAACCACUCACUUUUAAGCUUCGACCUUCACCAGAUCACAAACACCAUUAAACCUUAAACUAAAUAGCCAUACAAGUAAACAUUAAACUGAAUGUGUCAGCGAAAAAUCGAAGUCACUCAGUGUUCUACUUGUCCCAAAUGCAGCUCAUUAGCCAAGACAUGUUUGGUGUGUAUAGUUUGAUGAUUUUUUUUUUUAUUAUUAUUUAAUUUUAGAGUUGGAGCUGUGUUGCCAGUAUCGCUAUUGAUCACUAUCAGUCAAUAGUCACCCAAAUCUUUUCAUUAAAAAAAUCACUAAAACUUUUAUUUCUUGAGUGUAAUAUGAACGUUUAUGCUAGGAUACGUUGUCCAAACAACAUAGUACAGAAGACAAUGAGAAAAUUCUCACAUUUUUCCUCUGAGUACUUCCUUCACUAAUUUUCUGAUAUUUUAUAGAAUAUGUUUUUUAAGGUCACAACUCUUCUCCCUGCCAGUGCUCAAACUGCUCGGUUUGAUUGUACACCAGUUCUGAUUUGAGUGUUUUAGGGUCUCAUCCCGCUCACAAUGUUACCAGAUAGCUUAUCAGCGUUUGCUUGGCACAAAGCUACGGACAUUUGCGCAACACGUAGUAGGGAUUUUGGAACAGGAAACCGGUUCUCUGAUUCUUGAUGCAGAAACAUUUACAUUCAUUGUUGCUGAAUAUAGACCAGUCUCAUGCUGUGCCAUAAGAUGUGAAAUGUAUCCAUAUCAAAGAACCUGUUGCAAUUUGAGAGGGUUGAAAUAUGCAUUGGGGGAGUAUCAAUCCAAGGGAUUUGGGUGGUUAUUGACUGCUAGUGUUUGUUAGCCUUGUAGCUCAAGUUUUAAACCAAAUAAAUGAAAUGUAGACAUCAAACGUCUCUAGGCUGAUGAAGUCUGGGAAAGUGGAAGAUUGUGUAAAUUAGAUUUUUGCCCAAACCGUUCACUUAACAUUUCACUGCUAAACUUUAUCACUAAUCUAUCACUAAUCUAUUGUUUCAGCACAUUCUUACAAUACUUCCCAAUACUUCAAACCAUAAACAUUGACCACUGAUGAUGGCAGAGAUGACCCUCACAUGUAUGUCCAUCUGCCUCUGUGCUAUUUAAGACAAAAAGUGACUGUACUAGAUUGUUCAGCAUGUCAUUCUGAUGUAAAAGUGCUCAGUACAUUUGCAGCUCUUCAAACGUACACCAGCUCUAUAUUAGGGAUGUGUGUGUGUGUAUGUGUGUGGGGCUAAGGUUUUAGUUGUAUUGGUUCAUAGGCUGCGAGUCAUUUAAAGCCUACUGUCUCUUUGUAAAUCAUAGCCUCAAUGGUUCUCAUGUUCCACUUAAAAAUAUCGUUUACAUGUCUCAGUGACUCUGAAUAGAGCUUAAUGUGAUCCAAGAGACUUUAUUUCUGUGUGAUGUAAGCAUACAGACAUUUUCAGAAACUUUCUCUCUCUCUCUGAAUGUAAGGCUAGUUUGAGCCUCAAUAGCACACAACUCUGUCCCUCAGACUAUGUGAAUUUUCACCACAAUCCGUGCUCUUUCCACAUACUUGAUCCACAGCUGACUGAGUUCAGUACCUUCAGGGUGUGAACUAAUAAUUUGUACCACUAAAUGUCAAGUAAUGGCAUUCAGUCUACAGGGAGUCCCAGCUGCCCCCAUUAUUGUCCUUUUCCAGGUCCUAAAAUACCUGAACUAGUCCUUGAUUACCUAGCCUUUGUGUGGCUUGAGCUGGAAUACGGACUUGGUGAAGUUAUCAAGAACAGGAUUGGAAAUUUCUGAAUCAUUUUUUCUACAGAGUGUACUGGGGGAAUGUCUCUCCCUCUUAAAAUAAUUUUAUAGAUGUUAUAUAGUAAUUUACAAUUUGUUGCUGGGUCUGCACUUUUAGAGGAGAUUAAUGGUGAUCAUAGUGAUUAUGUACUCAAAAACUAUGCUCAAACUCAUCAAAUUGGCUACGUGCAGCGACCAGUUGAAGUAUGCGUACACGUAGACUACUGUGCAAAGGUCAGAGGUCACCCAUUGUCUAUUUAAUUCCCGGUCAAAAACAUUCAGUGAUGAGGUCUUGGCUCUGGUGUAGUCAGUCUACUGUUCUGAGAAUUUCUGCAGCUUCAAUUUCAAAAAGAAUGAACAAAAACACUUCUGGAUUUUUUCAGAUCUGAAGGAAGAGUGGGGCUUGGUUUUUCUGCUCUCUCUCAAAGAUGAGAUGUGUAAAGGCAGUUUUGGUGAUCUAACAGGACUUAGCAUGGUUGUCUUUUCAAUUUUUUUUUUUUUUUACUUUAGUUUUGAAAACUCCUGUGUUUUUCACUAAUAUUCCCUUGACUUUCUCCUUCAGUAUGCAAGUGGACUAUCUACCUUAUCUAACCUCUUCCGAAACAUCUCAUGAAAAACAUAAUUAGUUUGCCUGGAAAUGCAAUAAUGAAGGGUGGACUCUGGCUUUUGCACAGUACUCUGGAAACGGUACUGUAUUUGGAAUUUCCUCAACACUUUUACAGAUUUUUGCAUUGUAAUGAAAGAUAAUGCACAGAACACAGCUCAGCUAAUUGAUGGUCCAUUGAAUAUGGCCACUUCUAUAGAUGUAUCAUUAAGAUCAGGUCCUUCUUGUGCAUAACAUCAAAGACAUAACAGUCUUGAGCUAAAGAUAGUAAAGAAUUAGAUUUGCUCCUAGCAACUGUUGCUAAUCCUUCUAGCGAAGCAAAAAAUAUCUACCUAAUAAAAGUGGAAUGUUGAAGUUUAUAUUGUGACUGUUCAAAGCUUGAAUACUGUGCUGUAUAUAAAUGUAGGUCUUGGUUAGCUUUUUACAGACGAUGCUGUUGACACUUAUGCUGUUAUCAACCUAAUAUACAUUUUUUAGUGUUGGCGAAUAAUGUUCUCAAAAUUUUUGUCUUAAAUAGAAGUGUCAACACUGAAUACUUAGUAUAAAUCAUCCUCAGUCUUCUGAGGUUUCACUUUGUUCUGUAGAUUCAAAAGUGAGCCUUUUGUGCAUAUUGGCGUAGAAUUGGUUUCUGAAGAGCUUUGAUGCAGUUUCUUCUUUGCUUUCCACGUCUUGUGUUUGUGCAGUUAUUGUUAUUGUUCAGCGGAUGUUUGCCUUUUUCAAGGCACUUGCACGACUUGUGAUUGUUUUAUGAGCCUGACUGGAAUGAUGAAACUGACCUGUCCAAGCCCUGCCCACAAAUGCGCUGUUUGUAGCUACCUGAUGAGGACCUGUAGCAGACAACUCAGCUUUUGUCAAAAUACCUACAAUUGGAGUUCUUUAUUAAAAGAAUGUUUAUUUUUUAUGCCAGCUAAUGAUAGCUUGGUGGCCAAUUAUGGUUUGCAGCCUGCCUUGUUUCAAUUAGCUACAGCAGCCUAGUCCAGAUUAUUAGCAGUGACCAUUGAUUAUUCACUAACAUUAUGUAAAGCUCGUCCAACCAGUUGCUAUGAAAGAGUGCAUUUUUGGGUGAAGCAUGGAGGUCAAUUAGAAAUAGUUUGAUUUACCUGGUGGAUUUGGAUGUUUUAUGAUCUUUCCACACCUAUUAAACCAACAACAACAAUUAAAAACAUUGUGAAUUAAAAGCGGGUGGCUUUUUAAAAAGAACUAACUGGUUAAAUGGAUCAGUGAGAAUGGAGGAGAAUGUUCUAGAGAUUUGUUAGUAGGUGUGGAAGGGCUAUAGGAAGGUUUUUGAUUAUUGAGUUGAUUUUGCUGGUGAGUUUGGUGCAAAUCAGAAUUGUAAAUGUCUAGUUUAGAUAAGAUUGUAUUUUUGCUAAUGGAAGAUGGUACAUAUCAAAUAUAAAAGAAAACUAAUAUUUCCUAAAAGUGGGCUUAAGGGUGGAGAGAAAGUUAGAUGUGGUACAAUGGUGCAAUGACAAGUUGGCCUUCAGGAUUUUUAUGGCUUUGAGCAACACUGUCCUGGCAUUACUGUUAUGAGUUCCUUAUUCCGGUUGAUUCUGGUCUUUUUGGGGAUCCCAUGCACUGCACUUUUUCAUUAUUGUCCUGAUCUAAUGCACUUAACUCUUGAGAACUCUUAAACCACCUUUAUCAUUUUUGAACAUGCCUAAUUGACUUGUUCUGUUAACCCAUGGGAAGUCUAAAUGUAGACUUCAGCAGCAGAACCUGUUGCAAUCUGACAUGAUUUUCUUUUCAAACCUGAAAAAAUGAUGGACAAAGCUAAGCCAUAGCAAUAAAAUACUUUAAAACAUGUAAUGCUUCAAAACUAAAAUAUUUCACUUAGUAGCAAACUACUUUAAAUAAUCUGUUAUACCUUAUUGUUUAUGGAACUUUGUUUUCAUGCUAGUUAGUUAGCAACCCAAGGGCCAAAAAAAUGGGUAAUGCUGCACAACUGUUGUUCUAAACCUGAAGCUUAAAUAAGACAACAAAGAGUAUAUGUUAUGCUUGUACACUUGUGACUUUGAGUCCCCUCUGAUAUCGUUACAUUUGAAACUCAAACCUGACCCAAACCUACUUACACACUCUAAUGGAGAUGAAUUAUCUUGUGGUUUUACAGUACUUUGCUUCAGCACUAAAUGCUUGACAAAAAAUAAUAAUAAUGUUUUAUAUUUUGUGUAAUUGCUGGCAGCUCCUGACAGAGAACAGCAUCUGCCAUCCUCUGAUGAACUGCUAACCCUGUUAGCCCUGCUGUGCUAAGUUUCUUCCUGUUACUGCUAAAUUAACACACUGGGCGAGUUUAAAAAGUAAGAGGGAAGAUCCACUGUGACCUUUCCAACAAUCCAACACAUCCCUGUGGCCAGUCGGGACAGGCAGCAGUAGGGCAUUUUUGGAAAAAAGACUUCUCCUAGUUGUCCCAUUUGGGGCUGAAUGAUUAUUUGUCUUUACAUCAAAAUCAUAAUAUGAAAAUGUUCAGUUAAAAUCGCAAGAGCUGUGAUUUUAAUUACAUCCCACAUCAUUCAGUGUUGUCUUAGGUUUUAAGUGGGUAAAUUUAACCUAAUAAUGCAGUAGAAAGUAGAAACAGGGGGAAUCCCUUCAUUUUUUUCUAAAUGUCUGCAUAAUUCACUGGUUGAAAUAUAUCAAAUGUAAACAGUGUCAUUCUGAGUGGUUUGAUGCGAAGUGGUUCAUUUGUAGAGAAACUUGCUGACUUAUUUGCAGUGGUGGUGAUGGAAACCAGGGUUCUACAACACAAAUAUGGUUAUUUUAUUUCAUAUCCAAAACCAGCUACGUGCACAGGUCUUCUGAAGUAUUUGUAUGCAAGUUUGAUGAUGGUAAAAUAGUGGUAAAUCUGAAAAGAACAAAAAAAAGAAAAGAAAAACUAUUCUACAUAAGUAAAGUGACAAAAAUAUGUUGUAGGCUAAAAAAAAAGUCAAAACUGCUUUAAAACAAGGUCAGGCUAAGUACUCAUUACCAUUUAAUGUAUUAACUUUCUGUGAUGUAGCUUUUGAUGGAUGUCUGGUUCCCAUCACUACUGCUGUGAACAAUUCUGAUUUACUAAGUUUCACUGGAAUUAAGCAUUUUAUAGCAAACUACUCUGAAUGACUUGUAUUACAUGUUAGCCAUUUAAUUAUGCAGAUUUUUUUGAGGUACCCUUUCAAUCAGAUAUAUUAGACUAGCUAAAACAAGAUCAUCCGCAGUACAUGGGAAAUGCAGGACUGGGAUUGAGGAGCACAGGGGGGCUCGAACAGGGCCUAGUUUCACAAAAGCAGAUUGAACUGAUCAAUGUGAUGAUCUGUCUGCUGUAUCUUUAUGUUAAGAUGCUUUCAGGAAACCCAGGCCAGGAUAGUAUGGUGCAUUGUGGGUACUGUAGGAAUGACCGGUUGCAGUUCUUGUAGGUAAAAGGCACUUCACAGUGUGGUAAAUGAAAGGGGAAAAUGUAUGGUUAUUGAUUGAAUCUUCUGGAGGAUCGAUUUCUCAGUUGAUUGGGUCACUCAGAUAGACAAGACAGCCCACAGUCUUAUCUGGCAGAGAAGGGUAACGAGAUGGAAAAUGACCCUUAGGGUCAUCAUCUAACCUUUGACCUUUGAGGGUUAAUUUGCUGCAUUUCAGUCAAUGUUGCUCUAUAGCUUUAUUCUGCUUAAUGGGAUAGUAGACAGAAACCUUUAAUUCUACGAAGAUGUCUGUAUUAAUAUAUCGUCUGUAUUAAUGAUCUAUUUUGUAAAAGUAGUGCAAUAUAUUUUUGUCUUGAUCUUAAUGGGAAGGUGUUGUCUGUAGACACACAGUGUAUUAUUCAACUGUCUUAACUGUAAUGCACAUUUAAUAAUGGUGCAGUAGUGUGUGUGUGUGUGUGUGUGUGUGUGUGUAUACGUGUGUGUGUUUGUAAGGAAAGAGGUUUACUCAUUUGUGCAUGCUGGGCUUUUGUUACUAUAUAUUUCAUAUAAUUUGUUAUAAAAGGCAGUGAUUAAAUGCAUAAAGAGAUCUUAGUCUUAUAAUUGUCACUGGGAAAAUGUCACUUAUAUUAGCCUAAGCAUUAUAAUUAGUUACGAUUUUACUUUUUUUUUUUUUUUUUUUUUUUUUUUUUUACUUUUGACAAAUGCUAAUGAGGGAACUGCAGCUCAGUGAAACAAUGUAGUUUGCUUUCAUGCGAGUCUGUGUGCUAUGGCAGUAUGUAUGGAUGUCUUUGAAGUCUAGAUUUUAAUCUGCAUCAUUGAGCGCUAGAAUAAGUGUUCAUGUGUUGCAGGACCGCUGAAUACUCAGGGCCAGAUAUACAUAUGUGCAUAGGUGCAUCGCAAAAUGCACAUUGAUGCAACCUCAAUUUGUUAGAAUGUGCCUAAAUUUAAUAUUCUGGUGACUGCAACUUAUCAUGCAAAAUGAAUGCAGCCCCGCUCAAUAACAUUUCGCUCAUGAGGAGCUGGGAUUAAAGGCAUAGUGAAUUAAAGGAACUAUCAACAAGCUGGAGAUAAACCUGUCAAGACCCCAACACAAAUUUACAACUGCUUUUAAAAUUGAAGAAAAAAUGCAUUAGUGAUUCAAACAGAGUAUAUAAUCAGCUGCAUGUGUAAUAUCUCCACUUACAUUUGUGCAAUCCUCUCUCAAAUGCAUACACAUACAAUUUUGUACAUAACAUAGCCAGAGUGCGUUCAGUUAGUGCAUCAGGCCCUGAGUGUUCACUACUAGCAUGAUUAGCAAGUUCACAGAGUGUGUGUGUGUGUGUGUGUGUGUGUGUGUGUGUGUGUGUGUGUGUGUGUGUGUGUGUGUGUGUGUGUGAGUUUGUGUGUGUGUGUGUGUGUGAGUUUGUGUGUGUGUGGGCUUGUGUGUGAUACAUGCACAGCUGUGGAAUUCGUAUUUCCUUGUUAAUGUUUAUUAAUAGUAAGGCGCUUUAAUGCAGCCAAAUGCAAAGCACCUCUCUGAGACAGCACUCUAGGGGUGCUUAGAUUGUUAACCACUUUUAUGUGCACAAUAGAAAAAGCUUAAGCAAUCUCAAUAAAGAUUUUAUAUUCAAACUUCCA